ACAAGUUACAAAUGAUAAAAUUACCAGGGAAAAGGUCAAGAAUGGUUUGAUAGAAGCAGCUUACAAUAUCCUAAUGGAACGAUGAUAGACUAGCAAAAUGACAUUUAUACCGAAAAGACAGAUAUAUUUGCCACAUGUGUUGAAACAUACAUCUUUCCAUCAAAAUUUUUGCUUCUCAACAUCAAUAAGCACACAUCAAAGUUUCCAAAAACUGGACAAUCAGCCAAAGUAUUUCUUUGCAUUUCCAACAAGAAAAUGCAACAAUGGUUUAAUGAUAUUUCAGAAGGAUUCUGGUAACUUCCAGUGGAUAUGUGCAAGUUUCUUUUCAUCUUCUCCCAUUCAGUCUACUGAUAAGCAGCAAAUUUUCAAGAAAUCAUGUUUUGGACGAAUGUCUGUGACAAAGCACCUGCCAAGGCCUAAACCUCCAUGGAGGGUGCUGUUCUUUGGUACAGAUAAUUUCUCUCUGAGGAUGUUGAAAACUUUAAAUGAAAACAGGUUAAGCCAGGGAAAGGGCAGACUAGUAGAUACUCUUGAAGUGGUAGCAAUAAAGGCCAAUAAAAAAGGAUCAGAGGUUCCAGUACGUCGGUAUGCAGAGGAGCAGGGAUUAAGGGUCCUGGACUGGCAGCCAAAGUUACACCCCCUGACUUAUGACGUGGGGGUCCUGGCAUCCUUUGGUUUCCUAAUCCCAUCAAAGGUUAUAGACAUGUUUCCCUAUGGAAUCUUGAAUGUCCACCCUAGUCUUCUGCCUAGAUGGAGAGGGGCUUCCCCAAUAGAACACACAAUCCUUUAUGGGGACACAGAGACCGGAAUCUCUAUCAUGGAGAUCCGACCAAAACACUUUGAUAUAGGACCAAUCCUGUUACAAAAACAGUAUUCUAUCCCAGACAGAGUUACAGCCCCUGAAUUGAGACAAAUAAUGGCUGAGAGGGGGUGCAAUGUGAUGAUGGAGGCAUUGUCUAAUCUGCCGGAGCUAGAACGGCGCGUCGUGGAACAGAGUGAGAUUGGGGUCACAUACGCUCACAAAAUAUCUCGCCAUGCCUCCUAUGUAGACUGGGAGAAUCAGACCUACCAAUGUAUAGACCGACAGCACCGAGCUCUUCAUGAGAUAGAAGCACUGAAAACGGUCUUCAACAAAACAAAAAUCAACCUUCUGGAUCCCUGUGAUUUUGAUGUUCUUAAUGCAGAUUCAAGUGUGGAGGAGGCAGUACAGAGGAGAUUUAACAGUCCCAGCUCUGAGGUACCACCAGGGUCACUGUUUUACAGUAAACCACACAAACUACUGCUGGUCAAAUGUAGGGAUGGUUGGACAGGGUUUGGAAGUGUUAUAAUAAGAAAGAGACAGAGUGCCAUGGAUUUCUACUGUGGAUAUCUCCAAAAGAAUCUGGAACCAAGAUUCCAGAGUCUUGAUAAUGGAAUACAAUUUAACCUGGAUCUCAUGACCCCUAGGGUACUACAUAGUCAGACAAUGCCUCUUAAAGUAAGGGAGGGAUGUUAUACAGACCUAAAAGUGGGUCAUGGUAGCUGACCGUAAAAUGAUGAUGGAGUACAGGUCAAUCUGGAUCUCAUGACCCUGAUGUUUCUACAUAGUGAGGCAGUGCCCCAUGGAGUCAGGGAGGAGUUUACAGACCUUUCAGUGGGGUCAUGGUAGCUGACCAUAAAAUGGGUCAUCACAUAAAUGCUGACCGUAAAGUAAAAUUUGAUGGCUGAUUUUGAUAAAACUGAAAGGAACCAUCAUUUUACUGAAAAUUCUCUUAGGACUAAAUGACAUGGAAGUUCAUGGGACUGAGUGCCAGAAGUAAAUGAUUGUAAAAAAUUUUUAGUACCUUUUUUGGCAAUUUCAGCAUAUUUUUCUGAUUCAAUGAAGGAGAAUGAUUACAUGCUAAUAAUGAAGUAGAAAUCCCUAACUAGAGUUGUCAUUCCUUGUCACACCAUACAUGUACACUGGCUCCAGAAUCAUGAAACAUCAGCUAAAGUCAAAAUCUAUAUAUUGAACUGAAAUUAUGUUGACAAUCCAUAAUGAAAAUGUUAUUCAGCAUUGCAUCAUUAAACUAUUGUUAUCAGCAAAUUAAGAGAUUAAUUUACAUUUUACAGAUAAUUUAGAUUGCUUCAUGAUCCCUGUUUUUUGGGGGGAAUUUUGUAACUGACAGAUAUGUUUUAUGAAUGAUUUAAUGAAUAUGGUAAAUAAACCAUAGUGAAUGUGAUUGCAAGAUAAUUAGAUAUAGAACUUUUUAUAUGCAUGGAAGUGAUACAUGUGCAUGUAUAUUUGUGUGAUUGAAAAUGGUUUAUGUGAUGUGUACAGAGUAUUUGUAUCUUAAACAAAAUACAUUUUAAUACUGAUCACAGUUAGAAGUCAUAAUCCAUUUUGGAAUUUUAAUGUCUUCCAUCCCAAAAAUAUGAAAUGAUGUCCAAUUUUUAUGAUGAUUAGUUAAUUCUUUCAUGUUAAUGAAGUGGGUUUUUGCCUUUAAAAAUUUGCCUUAUCAAGAAGUCGAUGAAUGGAAAAAUGUUUUCUUCAACUAUCUUUGAUUGAAUUUUCAAUAGAAGAAUAUAAUGAUGAAUCCUAAACAUGAAUUUUUAUGCAUGGAAUAAGUUUUCAUUGUCCAUUUCCUUGCUCUCUUAUGAAUGGUUAAUAGAAGGGUGAAGGCAUCGUACUGUCAUACACUAUUUAUUGAUAUUCUACUGGUUAAUAAUGCUAAUUAUUGGUAGGAUGUGAAUAUAUAUAUGUACCAUUACAAAAUACUGUGAUAUGUAAAUAAUGAAUACGAGUCUGAUGUCCCAACCUUAGGAAUUCAAAUGUAGGUUUUAAUUUAUCAAAACCUUGUUUAUCUCCAUUUUUUUUUUUUUUCGACUAGUUUCUCUAGGAUCAAAACAUAAGUGUUGUAUUACAUCACGUACCAUAUUAAUGAAUUUAUAAGCCUUUGCUUUCUCAAAGUUUAAAAUUUUUAUGAGACUUAAGCUUGACAGCACUAUGUAAUAUCAAAGUUAAUAGAGAAAACUGUAUUUCCUCAAUUUAUUUAAAAGAUAAUAAAGAGAUCAUAAACAUUUUG